AUGGAAAGAAUGCGUGGAGUUGUAGUCAAAAAGCCAAUUGUAUACGGCUCAAUGAGUUUUUACCAAGGAAAGAAAGCAGACGAGCAUAAUUCCCACAAGUGGGCUUGCUUUGUAACUGGAGUAAACGGAGAAGACGUCUCAACAUUUAUCAAGAAAGUGGUAUUUCAACUGCAUCCUAGCUUUCAAAAUCCUUCACGUGUAUUUGAUCGGCCACCAUACGAAGUGCAUGAGUCAGGCUGGGGUGAAUUUGAAAUAAUGAUUCAAAUCCACUUCCAUGAUCCCCGAGAAAAAAGAAUCGAUAUAUUCCACAUGCUACAACUAUACCCAAAGCAGCCAGGUGUCUCUCAGUCGACCAAAAAACCAGUGAUCAAUGACCAUUAUGACGAAAUCAUUUUUCAAGAUCCGUUCCCAGACUUUUACCAAAGAUUAACUGCAGGGACUGGGAUCGCGCCAGAUCAGGAUCUAUUAAACAACCCAUUUCAUUUAGAAAUAAUGCAGCAUUUCCAAACCCACAACGAUUCUGCAGUUUUAAGACAGCUAGAAGACGCUUAUUCGUACAUUAAGCAAGAAGCUGAGGAAAUGAGAGAAAAACUUAAAAAGCUAGAAUCAGAAACACAGACACUAAGACAAGAAUUAAGGGAAGAAGAGAAGAAGCUAAGAGAUGGGUAA